AUGUCUGAAUACGUUGUAGUUAUUAAAGAUCACGCAGGUGCUGAAAAGUUGAGAGAACAACAUGGUCCAGAACAUUUUGGCAAUAUCCCACCUUUAGUGGAUGCAGGUAUAGUCGUCUGUGGUGGCGCCAUGUUCAAUGAAGAAGGUUCACCUGUCGGUUCGCAUAUCCAAAUUGUUGCAGACUCAAGAGAACAAGUAUUGGAAAUGUUAAAGAAAGACGUCUUCGCAAGGGAAAACGUGUGGGAUUUAGAAUCUGCAAUCAUUUAUAAAUUUGAUUGUGCUGUUCGUAAGCCUAUGUAA